AUGCCCCGUUUAGACUUUUCAUGCGGGGCCUCCGAUAGCCCUCGACAACCACCGAGCGGCGGCGCCACGCGCAACAACGGUAGUCAGCGCCCUCUAUCGCGCACGUCUCUCUUCGGCAAUUCCAGCAGCGGGGUCGGGAGGAACUUGAUGGAUCGGCUGCAGCAGCAGGACGGCGCGGAUCAGAUUCAGCAGCAGCGACGACUCGCCUCGCAUGCCGGCCUUUCCGCAGGAAAGGCGCUCGGCUCUUCCGCGGCUGCAGAGAUGCAAUCGCCUUCCAGCAUGCCACUCGGAGCCAAGAUCGCUACAUCCGAUGUCCCCGAAUCGUCCCCGAUAAGUGUGCUCUUCUGCCCUCAGACGCCGUCGUCAGCAGCGUCUCCCGAGUUCCGCUUCGGCGCCAACCCUUCCCCGGAGCUCCUCUCGCCCAUGCGCAUGCCGCCCUUCCACCAGCUUCUCCCCUCGCCUCUCUCUCAAUCCUUUUCGCUCGCCGACACGCCAACCCAGGCGCCCGCCUCCGCUCCAACUACCGCGGAGCCCACGCCGGCGACGUUAGCGACAGUGGCGACGUUUCCUCCGUCACAAAUGCAGUCGCCGUUGCCGUCGCCAUCGUCGUCGGCGUCGGCCAUGGACAUAAGUUCUGUGCCGUCAUUACAAAUGCCGUCGGCGUCGGCGCACGCGCACGUGGCAGGGGAGGAGAGCCUUCCGCAGUUGGCGGAAGCCGGAGCCGGGGUUGGCAGGGGCGCGGAUCAAAUCGACGCGGAUUGUGCCGUUCUUGACGGCGCGGCCGACGCGGGCGGUAGCGAGAAGUGUUUCUUGCGGCCCGCGCUGCCGCCUCUGAACAUCGACGCGUGCAGCAGAGGGGGCAAAGUGCGCCGCGGCCAUCUGCCGCCCAUCCCGCUGCCGCGCAACCCGAGCUAUUCCAAGGAGUACCGCCUGGGUCGCAGCGGCAGCGGGCGCAGCAGCGGCGCGUUCGAGGACCUUCUGCUCGCCGCCUCCGCCGCGUCGCCCUCCGCGCACCCGUCCCCGCCAGCCUUCGCCGCGCACCCAGCGCCGUCUGGAAGCUCCGGGGGCUGGCACUGGCAGAGCCUCAGCCAAGAGAUGCGGUCGGCGCAGCACGCGUGGUCGCUGGAGGGCAGCGGGGUGGCGGAGGAGGGCGGGUGGGGCGCGCAGCAGGCGGAGUGGAUGGUGGGCGGGGACGACAAGGGGCUGGGGUCCGCGGAGUCUCUGCAGCUGAUGCGCCAAUGGGAGGCGGAAGUCGAGGGGCUUCCGCUCACGGUGGGGGGAACAGUGAUGAUGGGCAUGGGGGGGGCCAUGGGGGGGGCUAUGGGCGGGGGAAUGGAGGGCGAGGAGGAGGAGGAGCCGGGGUCGCCCAGCACGCCCAGCAUGGCUCCGCGUUCCACGGACCUCGAGUGCCCGGACGCCCCCAACUCCAGGGUGCGAGGCGAGAUGUGUCGCACGAGCAGUCUGCACGACACGAAGCUGCUGAUGACGACGCAGCUGAAGCGGUCGCACUCCAUAUUCCUCUUCGACCGCCACUUCGAAUUCCCCACCCCAUUUCACAGUGAUCGCCCCCCGUCUUGCACCCCUCUCGCCUUCCGCCCCGCCCCAUCCCACUGCUUCUUGCCUCACUCUUCCUGUUUCUGCUCUCGCUCCUGGUCCGUUCCCAAAACUUUCACCAUCCCCUGUACCCUCUCCUCUUACCUUUCUCAUACCCCCAACCCCCCCACACCUCCCCCCCCCCCUUCACCCCCUCCUUUUCCCCCUCCCUUUCCUCCCCCAAUUCUUUCCUUCUCCCCGCGCGCGCAGGUGUACGAGGCGCGCGACCGCAAGGGCGGCGCGCGGUGCGCGGUGAAGGUGAGCAAGCGGCAGUUCCGCAGCAAGGGCGAACGCGAGCGGUACAUGCACGAGAUCGAGAGCGUGGCGAACGUGCCGGAGCACGCGCACAUCGUGCGGUACUACCGCGGGUGGCAGCAGGACAGCCACUUCUACCUGCAGAUGGAGCUCUGCGAGGGCGGCAGCCUGCGCGCCCUCCUCGACUCGCUCCCGCAACCGCUGCCCGAGGACCAGGUGUGGAGGUUCGUGCGGCAGGUGGCAUCAGGGUUGGAUCACAUUCACAGCAGGGGCGUGCUGCACCUGGACAUCAAGCCAGACAACAUCUUCAUUGACGCCCAUGGCAAUCUCAAGAUCGGGGACUUUGGGCGAGCGGUGUGGGAGCAGCGGUGGGAUUGGGAGGAGGGUGAUGGGGGGUACCUAGCUCCGGAGCUGCUACAGGACGAGCCACCCACCACAGCGACUGACAUGUACAGCUUUGGCGCCAUGCUCUUUGAGCUCGUCUUCGCCACCCGCCUCCCGCGCUCUGGCCUACCACCCUCCGCCUGCCCCUCCCCCUGUGGCGCGCCCUCCCCUUUCAGUGCGCACGGCGCCCCCUCCCCCUACGGCAUGCCGUCCCCCUACAGCCCCUCUCCGUACUGCGUGGCUUUCUCCUCUGCUGCGCCCUCGCCUGUGGCCUCUGCGCCUUGUCGCGCCAACCCCAGCUUCCCCCCGCCGCGCUCCACGUCGCGAGGGGCAGGUAGCCCUGCCAAGGGGGGAGGGAGUCCGCUGAAGGGGUUGGGGACGCGGGGGGGCAUGGGGGGCAGUCCUGUGAAGCCCAUGGGGGGGAGUGGUAGCAGCCCAGUGAAGGGGGGAGGGGAUGGGGUUGGUAGUCCAGCAGAGAGAGGCACAGGAGGCAGUCCGUGCAAGAGCAUGGGGCGUAGAGGGAGUGGGGGCCUGGCAGGCGCUGUGGCAGGUGCGGCAGGAGGAGGGUCGGGGAAGGAUUGGAGUGCAGCAGCAGCGGCUGCGGCAGCAGCUGUGGCAGCGGCGGAUGCAGCGGUGGGUGCUGGGUGUGGGCGGUCGGAGCACCUGAGGGAGCUGGUGUUUGCACUGCUGCACGGGGACGCUCAAGAGAGGCUACAGGCACAUGAGGUGGUGACGAUAGCAGACGCAGUGCUGCGAGGGGAGGUGGACCUGGGGCAGGGGUGCAUGCACAAGGCUCGAGAAGGGGCAGAGCAGUGUGGGGAGGAGCAGCAGCAUGUGGAGCAGAUGCAGGGGGGGAGUGAACGUGAAGGGCAGUGCGAGGAGGUUAAUUGUGACGAUAGUGGGGCUGCUAUGGCGUUGGAUUGA